CUGCCACACGGCUUCCACGUAUGACAGGCCAGCUGUAACCUCUAGAGCUCCGAGAAACAGACGGUUUGCCGAAUAAAACAUUGAAUAUACAUCAACAAUCGUUAGAACAACAAAAAGUCGGUGAAGAUCCGCUGGGAAAAUGGUUUCAGUGCUGAACACCGUGGACACGGGCCACGAGGACAUGAUCCACGAUGCUGAGAUGGAUUAUUAUGGUUUGAGAUUGGCCACUUGCUCCAGUGAUAAUUCGGUUAAAAUAUUCGAUCUCAAGAAUGGAUCGCAGAGUCUUGUCGCCGAUCUCAAGGGACAUGUGGGACCUGUCUGGCAGGUUGCUUGGGCUCAUCCCAAAUUUGGGAAUAUCAUCGCUUCCUGUAGUUAUGAUAGAAAAGUUAUAAUCUGGAAGGAACUCGGCGAGUGGACGAAAAUAUACGAACACACAGGUCACGACUCAUCAGUGAACUCCGUGGCCUGGGCACCCCACGAAUUCGGCCUGAUCUUGGCCUGUGGUAGCUCUGAUGGCUCCAUAUCAAUCCUGACGAACAGUGGAGACACUUGGGACGCCCAGAAAAUUCCAAAUGCCCACACGAUCGGGUGCAACGCUGUCAGCUGGUGUCCAGUCGUUGAGCCGAGCAAUGAUGCUGCCUCGCAGAAGGGGGGAGUUGUCAAGAGACUGGCCACCGGUGGCUGCGAUAAUCUCGUCAAGAUCUGGAGGGAAGAUGGGGACAGGUGGAUCGAGGAGAAUAAAUUGGAGGCACACAGCGACUGGGUGAGAGACGUUGCCUGGGCCCCAGCAGUGGGUCCCUCUCGAGCGACCCUGGCAUCCUGCUCGCAGGAUCGUCGAGUCGUCGUCUGGACCUCCACAGACUACUCCAGCUGGACCCCCAACGUCCUAAACGUCUUCGAGGACGUAAUCUGGAACGUCAGUUGGUCCCUCACUGGUCGCAUCCUGGCUGUCAGCGGUGGUGACAACAAGGUUUCACUCUGGCGUGAGAACUCUGAGGGACAGUGGGCAUGUAUUUCCGAGCUCAACAAGGGCCAGGGUAACCUCAACAGCGCCGAUCAACGUGUUCUUUAAUGAAGAUUUUAAUUAAAAAUGUAUCAUAAAAGAGGCUUGUAUUAUUUAAGUUAGUCUUUUAAGGCGUCCACUGGUGGCAUAUGAUUUUUUUUAUCAUUGUAAAAACAAAAUCAUCUUCAUUCUUGUAAGAAAAAAAAA